ACAGCACAGCACACAGGACAACGCACAGCACAACACAUAGUACUACCCAUUCAACAACUCAUGAGACAACAACUCACAGUACUACGCACUCAACAACACACAGCACCACUCACAGCACAACACAUAGUACUACCCAUUCAACAACUCACAGUACUACGCACUCGACUACCGCGAAAGUAACGCAUCCGUGGACGCCGGCUACCAAGCACUCGACGACGGAGGAAGACUGUGAGGAAACUACUCAUGGUGGCAGGAGAACCAGCACGCAUAGUUCCACGCACUCAACAACACACAGCACGACGCACAGCACGACACAUAGUACUACCCAUUCAACGACUCACAGUACUACGCACUCGACAACCGCGAAAGUAACGCAUCCGUGGACGCCGGCUACCAAGCGCUCUACGACGGAGGAAGAAUGUGAAGAAACGACUUUCGGUGCUAAGAGAAGUAUGUCGCAUAGCAUAGUGCACCCGCCAAUGCAUAGUGGUUGGCUGCCGGGGAUACAGAGUGGAAGUGAAGCGAUUUGGUCUGACGCGAAAGUAUGGGCUAGUGGUGAUUUGGAUCUUGAUGGAAAUGGGCAUGCAUGGAAGAGUUGGACGUCACAGUCGACGGUGAUGAGGGCGCUGAUAGGUAGAGGAACAACGGGCGGUGCAUUGGUUCAUCAGUCUGAACCGGAUGGAUGGAAGAAGGCGCUGGGUAUUUCGGUGCAUGGGUCUGGUAAAAGGAAGUAG